AUGGCCCUAACAGAAGAUAAAAUUCGUUUUUAUGGAGAUGCCUUGUUUCAGGCAUUACAAACACGCACAACCCUAAAGCCGCUGACCUCACAAGAUAACUUAACCGUCGAUGAUGCCUAUGCCAUCUCUAAACAUAUGAUUGCUUGUCGUGUCGAGGCCGGCGAGCGCAUUAUUGGAAAAAAAAUUGGUGUUACCAGUGCACCUGUGCAAGAUAUGCUGAAUGUUCGUACACCGGACUUUGGGUUUUUAACCGAUGCAAUGCACUAUGAGCAAGGUCAAGAGAUGCCCAUUAGCAGUAACCUGAUUCAGCCCCGCGCUGAGGGUGAAUUGGCGUUUCGUUUGGCUAAAGAUUUAACGGGUCCGGGUAUUACGGCAGAAGAUGUACUGGCUGCUACCGAUAGUGUCAUGCCUUGUUUUGAAGUUGUUGAUUCACGCAUUGAUAAUUGGCAAAUCAAGUAUGAGGAUACCGUUGCUGAUAAUGCUUCUUCGGGGUUAUACAUUGUCGGAGAGCCUGUUUCUCCGCGUGGCAUUGAUUUGGCGACAGCUGAGAUGGUUGUUGAAAAAAACGGCCAAUUUCUAAGCCGUGGUAGUGGGGUUGAGGCUUUAACUGGAGAGCCAAAACUGGGCACACCUGUUAAUUGUGUUGCUUGGCUUGCAAAUACACUUGGUCAUUAUGGUAUUGAGUUACAGGCAGGAGAUGUUAUUCUUUCUGGUUCACUUGUUCCCCUAGAGCCUGUUGUAUCCGGAGACCAUAUGCAGGUCACUAUUGCUGGAGUUGGUACAUUGGGUGUACAGUUUGUCUGA